AUGAAGGGUCCACCAGCGUCCAAACUCGAAACAAUUUCAGUUCAUUUUCGACCGACAAAACUGUUUACACUAGCAAAUCUCUCCUCUAAUUUAGCUUCAGCUUCGCCUUAACACGCGCUAUCCUUUAAAAGGAAAAAAACCCAGAAAAAUAAUCGCUUCCUCCGUAGAUCUGAUCCAAACCCUCAGAUUUCUUAACAGCCAUUGCAAAAAUCUCGAAAAUCCUCCUUAGAAACUAAAUCACCAUGCUUUUCUCCAAAAACCCCACUUCAAGAUUCCUUCUUCUCACUCUCAUCUUUGUCCUACUAUUCUUUUUUUCCAUAAACAUCAAUGCAUCUGAUCCCACCAACUCUGAAGAUGAUUCGGAUGACCUUGAACAGCUUUUAGCCUUGGAUGAACAAGAAGAUCAGCUACCAGAAGACCAAGACCAAGAAUCUAGCAGUAGAUUUUCCGAAGCAGAGGUGUUAAGUAAAGCACAAAGGAUAGUUCUUGAGCUUAACAGUGAUAAUUCCAAGAGGGUCAUUGAUGAGAACGAGUUUGUUUUGCUUUUGGGUUAUGCUCCUUGGUGCGUUAGGAGUGCUGAGCUUAUGCCUCAGUUUGCUGAAGCUGCCACUUCUUUGAAAGAAUUGGGAAGUCCUGUUUUGAUGGCCAAGCUUGAUGCUGAAAGGUACCCAAAGGUGGCUUCUCUGCUUGAUAUUAAAGGCUUCCCUACUCUGCUUUUGUUUGUUAAUCGCACUUCUCAAGCUUAUACGGGUGGAUUUUCAGCGGAAGAAAUAGUGAUAUGGGCAAGGAAGAAGACCGGUGUGCCUGUCAUUAGAAUAAACACGGUGACUGAGGCAGAAGAUUUUCUUAAAAAGCACCACAUGUUUGUGAUUGGUCUUUUUGAGAAAUUUGAGGGGUCUGAUUAUAAAGCAUUUAUAAAGGCAGCUAUGUCUGACAAUGAAAUCCAGUUUGCUGAAGCAAGCAACAUUGAGGUUGCUAAACUUCUCUACCCAGAUAUCAAAGCUACUAAUUUCCUUGGGAUUGUUAAAAGUGAACCAGAAAGGUACACUGCUUAUGACGGUACAUUUGAGAUGGAGAACAUUUUGCAGUUUCUGGACUACAAGAAGUUUCCCUUAGUUACUAAAUUGACUGAACUGAAUUCUGUCAGAGUUUACUCCAGCCCCGUCAAACUUCAGGUUUAUGUCUUUGCGAAAGCUGAUGAUUUCAAGAUUCUUCUUGAGCCUCUUCAAGAUGUUGCAAGAAAGUUCAUAACAAAGGUGAUGUUUAUUUAUAUAGACAUUGUUGAUGAAAACCUUGCAAAGCCUUUCUUAACCUUGUUUGGGCUUGAGGAAUCAAAAAACACUUUGGUGACAGCAUUUGAUAACAAAGGCAGCUCGAAGUACUUGUUGCAGUCCGACCCAACCCCAAGCAACAUAGAAGAAUUUUGCUCUGGGCUUCUUCAUGGUUCUAGCUCAACAUACUUCAAAUCACAGCCAAUACCAGAUAAUAAUAAUGCAAGUGUGCUAGCUGUCGUGGGAAAGACAUUUGAUGACUUGGUCUUGAACAGUCCCAAGAAUGUUCUUUUAGAGGUAUAUACCCCGUGGUGCAUCAAUUGUGAGACCACGAGCAAGCAGAUUGAGAAAUUGGCUAAGCAUUUUAAAGGCUUGGACAGUCUCAUCUUUGCUAAGAUUGAUGCUUCUGCUAAUGAACAUCCAAAACUUCAGGUUGACGACUACCCAUCACUCUUUUUAUACAAAGCUGGUGAUAAAGACAAUCCGAUCAAACUUUCAACAAAAUCUGGUUCAAAAGAACUAGCAGCCUUCAUUAACAAACAAGUGAGACCCAAAGAUCAAGCGGCCAAAGAUGAACUAUAGGACAUAUAUAGUUAAGAAUACCUAAACACUUAAAUCGCAGCCCUCAAGGCCACCCAAAAAUAUAGGGAAAAAGGGGGCUCUUAAGUUUUGCCAACUCCCUUUGGUAUUUAGGAUUGGUUACAAUAGUCAAUAAGAUUUUAGGUCCUGAGAUUCUUCCACCUGUUGGGAAAGUUUGACAACUUGUAAUUUGAUUAUGUUAAUUUGACAAAUUGACAUGUAAGCAAAUUAUACUAGUGUUAUAGCAACAGACCUACAAGGAACAA